AUGACGAACCCUGUUGGAGAGGAUAACUGGCUAGAGCAUGUCGAACGGCAGAUACGCCAAGCCACCGACCUCGAGGGUCGCGUGCGCGUGAUCGAGUCGUUUCAACGUGCCACGCUCGCUGAGCCCGGUAGCCUGAAGCUGUGGAUAGCCUACUGCGAGUAUUUUUGGUCGCUUUAUGUCGACUGCAACCAGCGCGGCAACGAGAUCGGCUGGCCCCAGGACGAGCUGGCUAUUGGCCGCGAGACAUUCACAUUCGAUGCUGCUCUGAACCUCUGGCAGGAGGGCUACGAGGCCGUGCAGUAUCGCUUGUCCGACAGCCACGAGCUGUGGAAUCGCUGGGUUUCGCAUGAGAUGGAGCUGUUGCGACGCACUACAACCGAGGCUGGCGUACGCAGAAUUACUCAGCUUUUCAAAAAUCGUCUGCUUGUGCCCCAUGCUACGUGGAACGAGACGUCGCAGAUGUUCUCGACUUUCCUGUCUGAGUACAACCGCCAUGCUUGGGAGACCGAGAUGGAACAGAUCACCCGCAACGCCCAGGGCGCGAAGAAGCUUUACGAGCAGCGCGAUCCCUGGGAGAUGAAGCUGGCCGCUGCCACGAGAUCGCGCGAUGCGGCUGCAAUGCGCUCAGUCAUGACUGAGUACCUCGACUGGGAGAUCAAGCAGGCCAAGACCAGGAAGGAUAGAGACGAAGCCAUCGCCUGUUUUCAGAUCUGCCUGGGUCUCUUCUCGCGCGCGCUUACCGGCGUCCUCUCCUCGGACGAGAAUACCUGGAUGAAUUACAUCGUAUUCGUGUCUACCACGCAUACAGAUAUUAAAGAGGGUCGCUCGCCGGUCCCUGGUCAUAUGGUACCCGAUAUGCUGGACGCGCUAUCGCGUUCAGUCAAGCACGUACCAUGGUGUGGUGCUCUUUGGGCGCGCUACAUUCUGGCUGCCGAGGAAAGUGGCCUGUCAUUCUCUGAUAUUGAGCAGAUCAAGCACUCUGCCACGGACAAUGGCCAGCUCGACCGUGAUGGCAUGAUGGGCGUGCUCGAGAUGUACGCGGCAUGGUGCGGCUACCUGAAGCGCACUGCCAUGGUCCCUGAUGCGUCCGAGGAGGCUGUUGACGUAGCCGAGGUCGGCCUGCUCUCGGCCUUGGAAGAUGUGAAGCACUGGGGCACACGCAAGUACGACAACUACCAAGGCGAUCCUCAGUACCGGCUGGAAAAGAUUUUGAUACAAUUCCUGACCGAGAAGAAGGAUGAUAUUGAUGGAGCUCGCGCGGUCUGGGAGGAUCUGGCGAAGAACCCGCUUCAUGCUGGAAAGUAUGAUUUCUGGCUCAAUUGGUAUUUCUGGGAGAUGAUGGUUUUUACAACCCUACGGAACAGGACCCCCAGUCCGACCCCGACGAAUGCCUGCCAAGCCUUGCGCGUGCCGACCUUUGCUACGGAAGUCUUGACUCGUGCACUGAAAGUGCGCGGGUUGAAUUGGCCCGAUCGCGUCAUGGAGAUAUACCUUCAGCACUGCAACGACUACGAGACCGCCGAGACCCUAAGGGAGGCCCAGGAUACCGUGCUCAAGACCCGCAAAGCCUUGGCGAAGCGUCGCGAGCGGGAGGCCGCCCAGGCUGCACAGGUUGCUCAGGUGCAGUGGGCUGCCCAGACGGUAAAUUCCGCUGAUUAUCAUAUGGUUGAUGUCUCGGAGACCGUGGGCUCUCCUGGUUCGAAGAGGAAGCGCGAAGAGACCCCUGAGGAUGGCACGGGCAGCAAGCGUGCCAAGAACGAGAACAACGAUGAGGAGCGUCUCAAGCGCGACCGGGAAAACACAUCCGUCUUUGUUCUGGAUUUGCCGGCUGAGGUGACGCAGACCAAGUUGAAGCAGUUUUUCCGCGAAUAUGGUCACAUCAACAACAUCGACAUUCAGAAGCGUGAUGGCGAGGUUGUGGCAUUGGUCGAGUUUAAGACAUCGGACGAGGCCAAGUCAGCGUUGCUUCGCGACGGCAAGUACCUCGGCGACCGCGUUGUGCGAGUUCAGCCAGCCACCGACUGCACUCUGUUUGUUACCAACUACCCCCCCGAUGCCGACGAGAGGUACAUCCGUCAUCUGUUCAAAGACUGUGGCGAGAUCCACAGCAUCCGCUUCCCAAGCCUAAAGUACAACACCAAGCGUCGGUUCUGCUACGUAACCUUCCGCAACCGCGAAGCUGCCACUGCUGCCACUAAACUCGACGGCAAGCCCCUCUCUGACGGCAAAUACAAGCUCGUCGCCAAGUUCUCUGAUCCUCUCGCCAAGCAGCAAAGGCACGGCGCCCAAGCCGAAGAACGCGAGCUGCAUGUCAUCAACUUGCCACGCGGCACGUCCGAAGAGGAUAUCAGUGGGUUGUUUUCCAAGGCAGGCCGUGUCGUCAGCGUGCGUGUGCCGCGCAACAUGGCCGGCCAGAGCCAUGGCACGGCGUUUGUUGUGAUGGAGACGAAGGAGCAGGCCCAAGAAGCGAUCCGGUUAUGCGACAAGCUCAUCUUUGGGAACCAUCCCAUCAAGGUUGAGCUGUCGCGUCCGACGACGACCAAAACGACAGCAGUGGCUCGUGUCAUGGACGGCACCCCUGAGCCUCAGGAAGGCCAGGGUAUGCCAACUCCUGCGGAGAUUGCUGCGCGGACGAUUGCUGUGCUGGGGAUCCCCGAUACCAUGACCGAUGCUCGGGUGAGGGCUGCCCUGACGUCGGCUACAAAUGCGCCGAUUGUUAAGCUUGUGCUGCAUCCCGUGCAUGGAGGAGCUAUCGUCGAAUUUGCCGACGCUGCGGCUGCAGGGAAGGCUGCCCUGUCGAUUGAUGGCAUGGAGAUUGAGCCUGGGAAGAAAGUUCGCACCGGGACGACACAGGAGCUCUUCCGGAACAAGGCUGAGAAGAGGGUCGAUCGAAUCGACAAACCUCAUUCACAGCCGCAGUCGCACGCUCACCCUCUACAGCAACAGGCUUCGCAAGAUAAGAAGUCCGCUGCAGAGCUGAUGCCUCCUCCCACAUUAUUACGUCGGCCUGGGUCUGGCCCAAAGCUGAAGAGAGGGUUAGGGUUUGUGGGUGCAAUCUCGGCCAAGAAGAGUGCUCCUGCCACGAUCAACGGUGAACAGGGUCAGACAGGGAGCAAAAGUAAUGAAGACUUCAGAAAGUUUUUCUUGGCCAGUCGGACAGCGGCUAAUGCAGAAGGAGAGGCGAAGAAUGGGAAUUCUGGACAAGGUUAA